AGGGUUUGAGAGCCCUAUAUAAACAAGCCGGUUCAGCAGGUUAUAAAAGCCUCUGAACAUCCCAUAAGAAGAAGAAGGAAAUUUAUAUAACAGAGACGUCAGAACUAGCCAACAACACCCAUUACCCUGUUUUGUAUGCGAAAGGCAAAACAAAACAAUGUCGAUUGAUCUCAGUGAUUACUCAAUCAUCAAGGAAGGAGAGGCUGAGAUUCUUAUGCACGCCAAAAACGAAGUCUUUUACAACAAGACCCAGGUUAACAACAGAGAUAUAUCCAUUGCCGUCUUGAGGACAUUUAUAUCCAAACGUAAACAGGAGCAUGAAGCAAAGUUGUCCAAAAGAACCAAAGCAGCAAAAAAGGUGUCAGAGGAGGAUGCUUCUGAACCUCUUGCAAAGGAAGCACCUACUGAGUCAGAUAUGCAUGAAGAGAAAUCUAAUGGAGAAUGUGCAGUUGCAGAAGAGACAUCUCUAGAUGAACCACGUUGCAUCUCUGAAGAACCAGUUGGCAUUAUGGAGGAAAAGGGGCAGGGGCAACUGAAGCCACCAAGAGUUCUUGAGGCUUUGUCAGCUUCUGGGUUAAGGGCUUUAAGAUAUGCACGUGAAGUAGAAGGCGUUGGUCAAGUUGUGGCCCUAGAUAAUGAUAAAGUGUCAGUUGAAGCUUGCAGGAGAAACAUAAAGUUCAAUGGUUCAGUUGCAAGUUCAAAGGUGGAUUCACAACUUGCUGAUGCUCGUGUGUAUAUGCUUACCCACCCCAAAGAAUUUGAUGUGGUUGAUCUUGAUCCCUACGGUUCACCUUCUGUGUUCUUGGAUUCUGCGGUUCAAUGUGUUGCUGAUGGAGGCAUGUUGAUGUGUACAGCAACUGAUAUGGCAGUGCUAUGUGGGGGCAAUGGAGAGGCCUGCUAUUCCAAGUAUGGUUCCUAUCCGCUGAGAGGAAAGUAUUGCCAUGAAAUGGCUUUGAGGAUCCUCCUUGCCAGUAUUGAGAGCCAUGCAAACCGCUACAAGCGGUACAUUGUUCCUGUUCUCUCUGUCCAAAUGGACUUCUAUGUCCGGGUUUUUGUUCGCAUAUACACGUCUGCAAGUGCAAUGAAGAGCACUCCUCUUAAGCUCUCUUACGUCUACCAGUGUACCGGUUGUGAUUCAUUCCAUCUUCAGCCUAUUGGGAGGACCGUCUCCAAGAAUAACAGUGUAAGGUAUCUGCCUGGGUUUGGUCCUGUUGUUCCUCAAGAAUGCAGUGACUGUGGGAAGAAAUUUAACAUGGGUGGGCCCAUCUGGUCUGCUCCCAUCCAUGAUCAAGAAUGGGUGACUUCCAUAUUAGCAGAUGUGAAAUCUAUGAAGGACAGGUAUCCUGCUUAUAACCGAAUCUCUGCUGUGUUGACAACAAUUUCAGAGGAAUUGCCUGAUGUUCCUCUAUUUUUGAGUCUUCACAACCUCUGUGCAACGCUAAAAUGCACUUCACCAUCAGCAGUAAUAUUCCGUUCUGCUGUGCUAAAUGCAGGAUAUCGUAUAUCUGGAACUCAUGUGAAUCCAUUAGGAAUGAAAUCUGAUGCUCCCAUGGAUGUAAUUUGGGACAUAAUGCGUUGCUGGGUAAAAAAUCAUCCUGUGAAAGCUCAACAACCAGAUCAAUCUGGGAGUGUAAUACUUGCGAAGGAACCGGUUCUUCAAGCUAACUUUGCUCGAGCAGUUGCCUCUCUUAGCAAAGCACAAACCAAAAAGGUAGCACGCUUCUUACCAAAUCCUGAACGGCAUUGGGGCCCAAAGCUCAGGGCAGGACGACAGAUUACUAGCAAGCAUGUGUCUCUUUUAGGUCCGGAGGCUGUAAACGGAAGUAUGAACCAUCAAGAAGAUGAAGAACCAAAUUCCAAGCGGCAGAAGACAGAUCAAGCGGCUUUGGCUUCAUAAAGAAUGUCCUCUUGCAUAAUUGUCCCUGGAUUUUAGCUGUCUCUCUGAUCUUCUAGUCUGCUUUCUGCCGGAGAGACAAAGAAGUCAUCUAGUAUUCCCAAAAAGGGUUGCUGGGUUCUUUAAUAAUCACACCCCAUAAUCCCUCAUAUUUUGAGCUGCAUUUUCAUCCAAUUUCUGAGUUCUGAUAGUGUAACCUAAGAUUUUAUUGGUAAUAUAUUUGUUGAGUUGCUGCAAUCCGCUUGUUCCUUGGACCCUGUUAAACUCAGGUGUUGUUUUGGAUGUUGUAUGAAAUGAUUUACUUCAGCUCUCAUCCUUUUAA